AUGGAGCAGGGGAAGCGUCUGGCUGGCCUCAUCCUGGCUAUCACUCUUCUUCAAGGUACUAUGGCACAGUUGAAUGAAGGUAGGGGAAAUGUAAAAGUGGAUGACAAUCGAGAAGAUGGUUCAGUACUUCUGACCUGUGACAUGAAUGAAAAAGAUAUCAGAUGGUUUAAAGAUGAGGUGGCAAUAAGUCCUGUAAUCACAGAUAAAAAGACUUGGAAUCUUGGAAGUAGUACCAAGGACCCUCGAGGGAUAUAUUGGUGUCAAGGAUCAAAGAACCGUUCAAAACCACUCCAAGUAUAUUAUAGAAUGUGUCAGAACUGCAUUGAGCUGAAUUCAGCCACUGUGUCUGGCUUUAUCUUCGCUGAAAUCAUCAGCAUUUUCCUCCUUGCUGUUGGGGUCUACUACAUUGCUGGACAGGAAGGAGUUCGCCAGUCAAGAGCUUCAGACAAGCAGACACUGUUGUCCAAUGACCAGCUCUAUCAGCCCCUUAAGGAACGGGAAGAUGACCAAUACAGCCACCUUCAAGGAAAUCAUCUGAGGAAGAACUGAGCCCAGGACUCAGAGUAGAUUUGCCUUUUCUGGAUAAAUGGAGUCAUACAAUAUGCUGCUCUGGACAUUCUCGUACAAGUCUUCGUGUGGACAUAAGUU